CUUCAUAUGGAGUCCGAAGCGUGAGGGGGGACGCCCCACUGUCCCUGGCCAUGGCAGUCCCAGAAGCUUCACUGAUCUUCAGUGCCCUCUUCGCAGCCCCCAGCCCACCCCCAGUCUACUGGAGGAAAGUUGGCCAUUUGCCAUCGUCUCAGCCUCUUCCUCACCCCAUUCCACUACCUGGGGACUCUUUCAACAGCCUCCCUCCCGCCUUCCCCGUGUGGCAGCCCUUUUUGACAAGCCCCAGGGGGAGGGAGGGAAGGAGGGAGAGACCAGCAAUUAAAUUUACGUCCUAUGCGGUGGGGUGGGGCUUGGAUCACCCGUGCCGGCCCCCACCCAGAGCCAGGCACGCACACCCAUACAUACCACUACACAGAGCUGCUGCAGUGCCCACUGUCACUCCUCCACAAACACAGAUCCACCUACACAAAUCCACGGGGGCAGGGGGCACAGGCUCCACAGCCUGCUCAGGGAGCGGCGAGUGCGCGCACACAAGACACCUGCAACUCGUUCACAGGAGAAUAAAAAUCACAAACAUGCUAUACCUGCCAGGUUUGGGAACAAAGUAACAAUGAAAAUAAUCUUGCUGAUGAGAAUAAUGUCUCCAGACCUCCCCAGAUCUGAUUACAUCCCUAAUGUGAACAGGUUAUAAGUUCCGAGUUGGCAGAGCCCGGGGGGGAUGCCUUGUGCAAUGGACGGCAUGUGUAGCCUGAGAACUGCCUUGGCAAGAAGUGUCUGUGCCUGACACCUGUUAUACUGCCCAGUGCCUCUGACAGUAAAUUAAUAACGUGGAAUCUCACUCUUCAAUUGAUCUUGUGGGAGUUUCGCAUGUGUGAAUCAGCUUCUUAGAGGCUGACUAUCCCCAGGGAACAAAUAAAACUGGUUUCCUGGCCAGAUGACAGUGAGGCUAGAAUCAGGGUGCAGAGAAGAGACCAUCUCUCCAGGUUGGUGCCCUCCCUGAGCAGAGGGCACUCUGCCGGGGGGCAACAGUGGUUCCCUGACAGCCAGUACGAAAGGCCCCUUCUUCUUGAAAGCUGGUGGCUCUUAAGGACAGGAAACAGGCUCCGCAAAGCUCCCUCUGCCAAAGUCUCUGCUUUAGCUGGAACUGGAACCCAGGUCUGUCUCCCUGGGGAGCUCAGGAGGAGCGGCGAACGGCGCGGCGGGGCGGGCAGACUUGCGGCGGCACUGAGCCUCGGGAGGCUGAUGCAACUUUCCCUUUAAGAAAGCCACCUGGGCGCACCGCGGUGCGGACCCGGCACGCCUGGGCCGGGGGCUGCAGCAUGCUCUUGAGGCCUGUGCUCUAAAGGUGCUAAAAGCAGAGCCUGUGAGUGUGGUCUGGGACUCCAGAGCCCCCAGCCCCCCGCCACCAUGGUAGGAAAAGGUGCCAAAGGGAUGCUGAAUGGUGCUGUGCCCAGCGAGGCCACCAAGAGGGACCAGAACCUCAAACGGGGCAACUGGGGCAACCAGAUCGAGUUUGUACUGACGAGCGUGGGCUAUGCCGUGGGCCUGGGCAAUGUCUGGCGCUUCCCAUACCUCUGCUAUCGCAACGGGGGAGGCGCCUUCAUGUUCCCCUACUUUAUCAUGCUCAUCUUCUGCGGGAUCCCCCUCUUCUUCAUGGAGCUCUCCUUCGGCCAGUUUGCAAGUCAGGGGUGCCUGGGGGUCUGGAGGAUCAGCCCCAUGUUCAAAGGUGUGGGCUACGGCAUGAUGGUGGUGUCCACGUACAUUGGUAUCUACUACAACGUGGUCAUCUGCAUCGCCUUCUACUACUUCUUCUCGUCCAUGACGCCCGUCCUGCCCUGGGCCUACUGCACCAACCCCUGGAACACGCCCGACUGCGCCGGCGUGCUGGACGCCUCCAACGCCACCAACGGCUCCCGGCCCCCCGGCCCGCCCGGCAACCUCUCCCACGUGCUCAACCACACCCUGCAGAGGACCAGCCCCAGCGAGGAGUACUGGAGGCUCUAUGUGCUGAAGCUGUCCGAUGACAUCGGGAACUUCGGGGAGGUGCGACUGCCCCUCCUUGGCUGCCUGGCUGUCUCCUGGGUGGUCGUCUUCCUCUGCCUCAUUCGAGGGGUCAAGUCUUCAGGGAAAGUGGUGUAUUUCACGGCCACGUUUCCCUACGUGGUGCUGACCAUCCUGUUCGUCCGCGGGGUGACCCUGGAAGGAGCCUUCACGGGCAUCAUGUACUACCUGACCCCACAGUGGGACAAGAUCUUGGAGGCCAAGGUGUGGGGAGAUGCCGCCUCCCAGAUCUUUUACUCGCUGGGCUGCGCCUGGGGCGGCCUCAUCACCAUGGCUUCCUACAACAAGUUCCACAACAACUGUUACCGGGACAGUGUCAUCAUUAGCAUCACUAACUGCGCCACCAGCGUCUACGCGGGCUUCGUCAUCUUCUCCAUCCUGGGCUUCAUGGCCAAUCACCUGGGAGUGGACGUGUCCCGUGUGGCAGACCACGGCCCUGGCCUGGCCUUCGUUGCGUACCCUGAGGCCCUCACGCUGUUGCCCAUCUCGCCGCUCUGGUCCCUGCUCUUCUUCUUCAUGCUCAUCCUGCUGGGGCUGGGCACGCAGUUCUGCCUCCUGGAGACGCUGGUCACGGCCAUUGUGGAUGAAGUAGGGAAUGAGUGGAUCCUGCAGAAGAAGACUUACGUGACCUUGGGCGUGGCUGUGGCUGGCUUCCUGCUGGGCAUCCCCCUCACAAGCCAGGCAGGUAUCUACUGGCUGCUGCUGAUGGACAACUACGCGGCCAGCUUCUCCUUGGUCGUCAUCUCCUGCAUCAUGUGUGUGUCCAUCAUGUACAUUUACGGGCACCGGAACUACUUCCACGACAUCCAGAUGAUGCUGGGAUUCCCACCACCCCUCUUCUUCCAGAUCUGCUGGCGCUUCGUCUCUCCAGCCAUCAUCUUUUUCAUUCUCAUCUUCUCGGUGAUCCAGUACCGGCCAAUCACCUACAACCACUACGAGUAUCCAGGCUGGGCCGUGACCAUCGGCUUCCUCAUGGCCCUGUCCUCUGUCCUCUGCAUCCCGCUCUACGCCCUGUUCCAGCUCUGCCGCACAGAUGGGGACACCCUCCUCCAGCGUUUGAAAAAUGCCACAAAGCCAAGCCGAGACUGGGGCCCCGCCCUCCUGGAGCACCGAAUUGGGCGCUAUGCCCCCGCCAUCCCGCCCUCUCCUGAAGACGGCCUGGAGGUCCAGCCGCUGCACCCGGACAAGGCCCAGAUCCCCAUGGUGGGCAGUAAUGGCUCGAGCCGUCUGCAGGACUCCCGGAUAUGAGCGCAGCUGCGGGGGGAGUGCCCCACCCCCGCCCCGAGCUCCCACCACAGAGACUGGGGAGCGGCGGACAGGUGUCACCGCCUGCCCCCACCACGCCCUGGCCAGGGCGGCUCCCGUCACCUUGGCCACCACUGCUCGCGCGGUCACUCGUGCUCGUGUCCCUAGUGUUUACAGGUCCUAUGGAUGCCAAGAUGGCAGCUGGGGGGUGUGGGUGAUGGAGGGGUCUGCUGCGGGGCCCAAAGCACUUUGGAGGGGGGGGGCGGGCUCAGGCCAGGUCCCCAGAGGCCUGCUGGGCUUUUCAUGGCCUCCGAUGCCCCCACACUUUGCCCUGAGCUGAGGUUCUGGGAGGGCCCCCUACCUGUCCCCCACCCUGGGCCUGCGGCCACCUGACCAGUGUUCCUGCCCUCGGAACAGACCCCAGCCUCUGCCCAGGCACAUUUGGAUUUUCCCACCCGGAGGCAGGGUGAGGGGCUAGGGGGCUGUGCAGUGUUACAUGUCAGGCUGUGCUGCCAGCCCUGUUUGUCUGUGUAAUUAUUUUUGUAAAACUUGUAUUAUCUGUGGUUGCCACCUCCUCGCCCCUGGCCUCGGGCCCAGUCUGUCUUCCAGGCCUGCCUGCACCUCACUCGGCUGCUCUGGGGGUCUCCGUGUCCCCUCCUAGCACUGGCUGGCGGAGGCCUGUGACCCAACAGCCUGCCCAAAGAACUAGUUUCUGGGGGGCGGGGGUGCGGGUAGGGUGAUGCUCGGCAGGAGGUUUAAGCCCAGAGCCCUGGGGAAGGGGACACCCUACACGACAACCCCUUGCCCUCCCUCCACCAGGCUGGAGGCCCAGUCUUCCCAAACUGGGCUGCCCUUGUUCACGUGCCAAAUGGCCCCGGCCCGCGUGCCCGCCCCCGUCUCUGGAGCCACAGCUCCUUCCCCUGAGCCCUGCCGUGUCCGUUCAGCCAUCCUCUGUGCCCCUCCGUGCAGUGACAGCCCCGGAAGAGCCGCCUCUAAUCCUCCGUAGCAAUAACGGUGCGCUGCCCACCCCUGCCCAUCCGUGCACCACUAGGAUUUUAAAGUCCAUAGAUUUUAAUGAAAUUUCUAUUCCU